AUGUCCAUCAAUAUCGUUAAGGACGCUGCAGACGCCAGACUAGAUCUCGUCUUUGUCCCUGGCUUGAAGGUUGACCAAGAAUACUGGACAUCCGCUGAGAACUCUAUCUUUUGGCCAGAAAAGCUUCUCGCUGCACAUAUUCCCAAGGCACGCAUCUUGGCCUUUGAAUAUGACGAAGCUCCAACCAUCGAUGCAUUUUGGAACAAGCGUGACUUGAUUUCUAGUAACUCAGAUGACCUGGUGAAUUCGCUUUUGGAUGAGCGACGUGCCGAAAAGGCAGAGCGACCGGUGAUUUUUGUCGCACACUGUCUUGGAGGCUUGGUCGUCGAAAAUGCUCUUAUGCGGGCGAGCAAGAACGAGAAGAAGAGACAGCUCGUCAAUUGUGCCGCGGGUCUUUUGCUGCUUGGAACACCCCAUUAUCAGCCUGGAACAUUGUCCAAAGCGAAGAAUUAUUUCCAACUGGCUCAGAAGGAUGUUCCAAGCGAUUCUGAGCUGCAAUCUCUAUCAAAGCAUGUUUUGACAAUUCCCCAGGCAUUUGCCGAAUUCAGACAAGCAAACCCAAUCAAUGUGGAGAGCUUUUAUGAGGGAUCUCCUGUGAAUAUUAAUGACCAGGAGAUCGAGAUCGUGGAAGAAUCCGUGGCGAAGUUUCCUGGAGAUUCUCCCGAUCCUAUCAUGCUUAAAGGUAACCACCACCAGAUGAGCCGGUUUGAGAGCGAGAAGAAUAAGGACUUCAAGAAUGUGUCCAGAGUUCUUGUGGACUGGGUGGAGGAUCUCCCAGAGCCCGAGGAAAAGGGAACCACGAACAAUAUCUCCAAUGCAUCUUUUGCUGGAUCAACCAACUACGGUUACCAGCUUGGACAGAACACGGGUAACCAGACUGGAUUUACGUUCGGU